AUGUCGGUACACUAUAAAUUUAAGAGUACCCUCAACUUCGAUACAAUUACGUUCGAUGGACUUCACAUUUCGGUCGGGGACUUGAAAAGGGAGAUUGUGCAGCAGAAGCGAUUGGGUAAAAUAAUUGACUUUGAUCUUCAAAUCACAAACGCGCAGAGCAAAGAAGAAUACAAGGACGAUGGAGUGCUUAUCCCCAAAAACACCACGCUGAUCAUAUCGCGCAUUCCCAUUGCCCAUCCCACGAAGAAAGGCUGGGAGCCGCCAGCUGCGGAAAAUGCUUUUUCGCCAGCGCCAACCAAGCAGGACAACUUUAACAUGGACCUGUCGAAAAUGCAAGGUACCGAGGAGGACAAAAUCCAAGCGAUGAUGAUGCAGAGCACUGUUGACUAUGAUCCCAAGACGUACCAUCGCAUUAAAGGCCAAUCCCAAGUGGGCGAAGUUCCGGCAUCGUAUAGAUGCAACAAGUGCAAGAAAAGCGGUCACUGGAUCAAGAACUGCCCCUUUGUUACUGGAAAGGACCAGCAAGAGGUCAAAAGGAAUACUGGAAUUCCACGAUCUUUCAGGGACAAACCGGAUGCGGCAGAGAACGAAUCAUCUGAUUUUGUGCUGCCUGCUGUCCAAAAUCAGGAGAUCCCCGAAGACCUGAUAUGCGGCAUAUGUCGUGAUAUAUUCGUUGAUGCCGUCAUGAUACCCUGCUGCGGUAGUUCAUUUUGUGACGACUGUGUGCGCACUUCGUUAUUGGAGUCCGAGGAUAGUGAGUGCCCCGACUGCAAGGAGAAAAACUGCUCUCCUGGCUCCCUUAUUCCUAACCGAUUUUUAAGGAAUUCGGUUAAUGCCUUUAAAAACGAGACUGGCUAUAACAAAAGCGCGGUUAAAUCAGCCCCUGUAAAAAACGAGGAAAAGCCUCCUGUAGAAAAAGAAGAGGAGGAAAAGCCGGCUAAGGAAGAGGAAACCCUAGAGGCUGAGGUCAAAACUGAUAAGCAGGAUGAAACGGAAACUAAUGGAAAAAAGCCACCGAAGUCCGAGUCCCCAGAACCUCCUUCAACUGCAGAGCCUUCACAAAAAGAGAAAGAGAAAGAUAAAUAUGAUUCUGACUAUGAGGAUAAUAUAACCAUCAAAAUGCCCAAACCUGCUGCUGAACCCGCAUCAGUUCCGAGCAAGAGAUCUCCAACAUAUUCCCAAAGGUCCAGUGAGUCCUCUCACCGACGUGAAAGGUCGGACUAUGUUUCGGAUCACGAUCACAAGCACCACCGUCCAUCGAAAUCGGAGUCUGGCAACAAAGAUCGGAGUCUUCUGCCCACGCCUAUUGGCACUGUACCCAGCUACCAAGGGCACAUGAUGAAUGAAGCGGAAGACGCUCGACGAUCGAGUGCCUAUAAGCCCCAAUACAUGCCAAUGCAACGUGGACCACCCCCCAUGCACAUGAUGGGCCACCACAUGCCAGCCUACAACAACGGAUACAACAACAUGGGACAGAGGCCUCCUCUAAGCUAUGUACCGUAUCAGAACCAAUCCGUACACCCAAUGCGUACACCUUACGGAUCUGCAGGCGGAAAUAUGAAUAUGAAUAUGUCACAACCAUUUCAGUCCCCAAAUUUAGCCUCGAUAUAUCAAGGGGUAGCAGCAAAGGUCGGUUCCGGUCUAAUUGACGAUCCAUUGGAAGCCUUUAACCGCAUCAUGAAGGAGAAGGAGCGCAAGAAGGUGGACCGAUUUCGAAGUUCAGACCGCCACAGGUCGAGGUCUCCGGAUAGGCAGAGGCACCGCUUCAAGUCUCCCAUGUACGAGAAGGAUUGCCCCAGGGACAGUCUGAAGGAAAAAAGGCCGCGAUCCCGGGAAAGAAAGCGAGAACAUAGCUAUGAACGGCAUAUGCGUCACCCUCGUUCAAGUCGCCAGACCAACGAUGGCUCCAAAUCUCCAGGUGGUAGAAUCAAGAGAUCCGGACAUCGUCGCUCUGCGUCACCUAAGCCGGCGUAUAAGAGUGAUUACAGGGACAAGUCGUAUAACAAGCCCUUCACGCCAAAACCAGAGCAAGUUGAGCCUCCUCCGCCCGGGUUCGAGCCGUUGCAGCUGCAGGAUGACGAUGACUACAAGAGCAAGCAUCUGGCCAGCUCAGAACAAUCACAUGGCAGCAGCAGCAAGGGUGGAAGCCACAAGAAGAGCGAGGAGGCCAGGCACGAGGAGGCGCCACGCAAGAGGCACAGGUCUCGCAGCAGGAGCAAGGAGCCGAAGCCGAUCGACAGCAGCUACAGGAGCCUGACGCCGCCAGCGAAGAUCACCACACCGAAAAUGACCGCUGCUCAGUUGCGCGAACGCGAAUGUUCACCAAAAACGCCGGAAAGAACCCACGAUGAGUAUUUGCCAGCGAAGGCUAGAGUUAUUGCCUCCCAGCCCGCCAUCGACGACUCGGAAGUGGGGCCCAAUGUAGGAAAGGAGAACAAGGUUAAAAGUCCGUCGUCGAAGGAACGCAAGAAGAAGAAGAAGGACAAGGCUGAACGCAAGAAAAAUAAGAAGGAUAAGCGGGCUAAGAAGGAGAAAGGAGAGCGUCAGAAGAAGAGCUCCUCGUUAAAUCGAUCUGACUCGGAUAUUAACAACAGUUCAAUCGUAAAUGAGACAACUUUUAAGAUCCUAACAUCUCCCAGGGCCAGUCCCAACAUUGAGAUAGAAGCGGCUCUCCUUUCCCCCGCCCAUAACGCCAGUGAAAAUCUUAAUCCCAAAAAGAGUCAAGCCUACCUAAACGUUGAUGUCGCUAGCGAUGAUAAUCUCGGCUCAAGAAGCAAACGUAGCGAGGCUAAUUCUAUUAAUCUAUCCAAGUGGGAACUGGAGGAGAAUAACAUAAGUUUGGAAGAUUCCUCAAAGAAAUCGGUUGCAUCUUUAGAUGACCAGUCUGAAAUAACUUCAGAUGUCCUGCGCAAAGCGGAGAAUGCAAUAUUUGCCAAGGCUAUAAACGCUAUAAGACCCGUGGAAUUUCAAGUUAUUAUCAACUCCAAGGACAAUAGCAAGGACCGUUCUGUAAUUAGAAAUGACAAGGAUCGCUCGCCUUCGCCCAGGCGUACCAGCAGUAAGUCGGUAAAGGAAAGGCUGGGCAAUAAGGUUCCGCGAGACAGAAGCCGUUCGCCAGACAAGUCAAAGGGCAGGCAGAGGGAGGCGGUGAGGAAAAGCUCUGACGACGAUGCGAACCGUGGUAGGUCGGAUCGUCAUGGCAGCAGGAAGAGGGAGAACAAAUCCCGCGACAGGUCCGCGCCUUCCGAGAAAAGACAGGAGCGUUCGUAUAAACGUAGUACUCCCGAGGACGACAAGUCAAGGCGUCAGUAUAAGGAGCGUUCAGACCCCAAGCUCGCAAAGUAUGAUCAAAUCAAUAGCGACGACUCAGAUCGAAGGGCGGCUAGAAACACAAAAUCCAGCGACGGCCGAGUGGUAUCCUCUGUUACAGCCGUGGCAGCUCCACCUAAGCCCUGUCGUCCAGACAAUCCGUUCAGGAAAUUCGUCGACAACAGUUCGUCGAGCAGCUUAGUUGUAAAAUAUGAUAAUACGAUACAGAUUGACGGCGCGUCCUCGGACAACAGCUUGGAGCACAGGAAGCCCAAGGAUAAGAAACUGAAGAAGCAUGCUAAGUAUUCUUCGACCGAAUCGUUGAGGAGUGAGAAACGUAAAGAUCUAAAAAGCAAAAAGAAGAGCAAAGUUUUGAAAAAGAAGAAAAAAUCAAAGAAGUAGGUUACGCUUAGGCUUUGAGAUAAGAAAUAUAUAAAUAUUGAAGAUUUCUGUGUACAAAUCAAAGAUUUUUAAUGUAUGUAUUUAUCAUGCAACUAAGUAUACAAAUAAAACAGAACUACUCAAGGAAAUGUAAA